AUGAGUUUAUUCCUGGUCACUGAGAAAAGUUAGGAACAAGGUGCAGGGUCACUGCAGCUGGCAUCUGGCCCACUGGGUGACUGGCCCAUUUGCCCACAAACCUGCAUGUAUUCAUGGCGGACACUGACAGUUCCCCUGUGCGCACGCGCGCGCGCGCACACACACACACACACACACACACACACACACACACACACACCCUCUGGGUCCACAGUGGCUGCUGGGCACUGGCACUCACUGUACCCCUUCCCCUAGGUCCCAGGAGGAGAGGAGCCCUAGUGAGGAAUCCUUGAAGUCAAGUCUCCAUUCACCCUUCCCAGGCCUUUGCAGGAAGGUGGCAGGACUUGGGUGACCUCCCUACCUUGCUGGCUUUAUAAACCUGAAAGGGCUCAGUGGGCGGCCUGGGGCUGUUUCUCCUUGUAGGUCUCAAUUGACUCCUCUACAGCACUGCCUUUUGUCCCCCUCUUCCCCAGCAAAGGUAGAGGCGAUGGGCGCUGGCAGCCCGCGACGGGGUGCAGGUCCCCCAGAUGGUGGCUGGGGCUGGGUGGUGCUGGGCGCCUGCUUCGUGAUCACUGGCUUCGCCUAUGGCUUCCCCAAGGCCGUGAGCGUCUUCUUCCGAGAGCUCAAGCAGGACUUCGGUGCAGGUUACAGCGACACAGCCUGGGUGUCCUCCAUCAUGCUGGCCAUGCUCUACGGCACGGGCCCCUUGUCCAGCAUCCUCGUGACGCGCUUUGGCUGUCGCCGGGUGAUGCUGGCUGGUGGGCUCCUGGCAUCCGCCGGCAUGAUCCUGGCUUCCUUUGCCUCACGCCUCCUGGAGCUGUACCUGACAGCUGGGGUGCUCACAGGCCUGGGCCUGGCCCUCAACUUCCAGCCGUCGCUCAUCAUGCUGGGACUCUACUUCGAGCGGCGCCGGCCCCUGGCCAACGGGCUGGCAGCGGCGGGCAGCCCGGUGUUCCUGUCCACGCUGUCGCCGCUCGGCCAGCUGCUGGGGGAGCGUUUCGGCUGGCGCGGCGGCUUCCUGCUGUUCGGUGGCCUCCUGCUGCACUGCUGUGCCUGCGGGGCCGUCAUGCGGCCGCCACCAGGGCCCCCGCCCCCACCGCGCCCAGACCCCGCCGAGGACCGUGCGCCCUCCGAUGGCCGGGCUCGCCGCCGCCUGCUGGACGUGGCGGUGUGCACCGACCGCGCCUUCGUGGUCUACGUGGUCACCAAGUUCCUGAUGGCGCUUGGGCUCUUCGUGCCCGCCAUCCUGCUGGUGAACUACGCCAAGGACGCGGGCGUGCCUGACGCCGAGGCCGCCUUCUUGUUGUCCAUCGUGGGUUUCGUGGACAUCGUGGCGCGGCCGGCGUGCGGUGCCCUGGCGGGUCUGGCGCGCCUGCGACCCCACGUCCCCUACCUCUUCAGCCUGGCCCUGCUGGCCAACGGGCUCACGGACCUGAUCAGCGCGCGUGCGCGCACCUACGGCACCCUCGUGGCUUUCUGCAUCGCCUUCGGCCUCUCCUACGGCAUGGUGGGCGCGCUGCAGUUCGAGGUGCUCAUGGCGACCGUGGGUGCGCCCCGCUUUCCCAGUGCGCUGGGCCUGGUACUGCUCGUGGAGGCCGUGGCUGUGCUCAUUGGACCGCCCUCUGCCGGCCGCCUGGUGGAUGCCCUGAAGAACUACGAGAUCAUCUUCUACCUUGCUGGCUCUGAGGUGGCCUUGGCCGGAGUCUUCAUGGCAGUCGCCACCUACUGCUGUCUGCGCAGUAAGGAUGCCCCCUCAGGCCCAGCUGCUGCAGGAGGAGCCAGUGACGCUGAGGAUGUGGAGGCUGAGAGGGACUCUGAGCCAAUGCCUGCCAGCACCGAGGAGCCCGGCAGUCUUGAGACUCUGGAAGUGCUGAGACCCCGGGCUGGGUCCCCAGGACCAGAACCAGAGGUGGAGGCAGGGCCUGGGCUGGGUCAUGAGUCUGUGUAGACAUCAGGCAAGUGGCCAGCAGGCAUGAAAACAUGGCUUCCCCUCUGAGGGCCUGGUACAUGGGGAGGCAGCCUGGGGUGAUCCCUUGGGUACCCCAUUGGCCAGGCCCUGUUCCCAGUGAAGCUGUUGUGAACUGAUGAGCACAAGCUGAUAAAAGCCUACCGAAAGACAUAUUCUGCUCCUGUACCUCUGCCAGGGCUUGGGCUACCUGAGCUGGGGAGGGCCAAGAAGAGUCAGAAGGGUCCCCAUGAAGUCCCCUGAGCCAUUGGAGCUCAGCAGGAAUGGUGGGGGGAAUCCCGGCUAGACACUGGGGGCCGGUGGGGAUGCUGUGUGCUGAAGCACAUUUGGCCGCCAUCUGCAUAGUAGCACAGGGUCCAAGGUCAGAGUCGGGAGCAGAGACCUAUCCUGGGUCUUCUUUGUGUGUAGGCUUCAGUUCCAGAGAGCAUGGGAGCCAGGUGGUCAGCAGCAAAACCUCAGAGGCCCUCGAGGUGUGCAUGUCCUCACUGCCCUUAGUUGCCACCCCCUAGAGGGUACAUUCUAGUGACCCAUCACUUUUGGUCGGAACACUGUUCCUGAGGACACUGGUGUGGCUCCGUGGGCACCUGCUCUCUACCACAGGGAUUUGUGGGCCAUGACCUCUCUCAACCAAAGAUUCUAUCUUAGCCACCCAAGUGCCAGGACUGCCCAUGUCCUACACCCAACGCUUGCACUCUGACCUGUGAGGACCUGCUUGUCUCACUCCCAACUCUAGCUAGAUCUCAGCAGAGUCCCUCCCACAAAUGGCCCCUUCUCACCUACUGGUCCAAGCUGGGCCUCAUUUUCCAUCCAAGGUUUUAGGAACCCAGGCAAUGCUCGGUUGACUUACAUUCAUGUAUGCCUCCCAGACUCCCGAUGGGACAGUAUUUUAUCUAAGCAUUUACCUAAGAGUGCUUACUUGGCCAGGCAGUAGUCUAAGCCCUUCAUGAAUGUUGGUGUAUUGAUUCUCCUAAGAACCCAAUGAAGUAGAAUUUAUCCACACUUCAGACGGGGCAACAUGCAUGAGGACGACAGAAAUCAGCCCAGGGUUACAGAGGCCAUUAUUGGGUUCCGAGCUGUAGUUUUUUUGUUUGUUUUGUUUGAGAUGGGUUUCUCUAUGUAGCCCUGGCUGUCCUGGAACUCUGUAGACCAGGCUGGCCUUGAACUCACAGAGAUCCACCUGCUUCUACCUCUCGAGUACUAGGAUUAAAGACGUGCCCGGCUUCAAGCUGUAGGUUUUGAUCUGUGCCCUUGAUCAUCAAAACUGGAUGUCUCUUCAGAGAUGCAGUAUGGCCAGACACCUCUGUUGGGCCCCAUGUGGAUGGAUGGUGACAGGCUAUCUCCCUCCAACUCCAGAUACAGCCUGAGAAUCCCACCUGAGUUUCCAGGACAGCAGAGCUCAAAGCUACCAAGCCAAAGUGUUUUUCCAGUUUGGACCCUGCCUGCCACCUUGCACACUCCUUGCCUGUUCUGCUCUCCAGAUGGCCAUAUCCCGUCCUCAAGGGCGUUCAGAGUAAAAGCUUUGCAGGUGUGUACCACACCCAGCCCAGCAAGGCAGCAGGCAGACUACUGCCUACGGGUGGCAGCGCCUCCCUAGCGCCCCCUUGGCCCUGAACUGAACAGCGUUCCUGGAGUAGUCUUCCUAGCCGUGCAUCAACCCGACCAGUGUCUCUUCUGCCCCCUUGCCCAAACAACGGUUUACUUCACAACCAGAACACUGAAGCGUUGAAGGGAGAAUGCCCACUGAUGCCAGAAGCAGUGGGAGCAGGUGGCAAGCUCAGCGCCCACUGUUCCCAUGUGUGGUCCUGAGCAAGAUGCCACCCUGGGCCUCUCACCCCAGAGGCUAUGGGAGAAAACCGCUCCUGCAGGUGCUGUGAGAUGAGUAAUGGACAGAGA